AUUCCUUUCUGAUUUUUUUCGUAUUUAUUUUUUUUACUGUUGGACUUCAGAAAUACGCUUUUUAGAUUUAUAUAAUUUGGUUGCAUCCUAAAGAAAAAGCAGAAUCCUUCAGAAUGGAAGACUAAAAUAAGAAAGGUUUAAACUGCAGCAUUUUUUGUUUUGUUUUGCCUCACUUUAAUGGAGCAGAUGAUCGCCAGGUCAGGCAGUGAAUCCCCUGGCUUUGCAGGGGAGGUAGCUGUAUCCAGUGGGGUGGCAUGUAUCCAGGGGCUAUAAUGAAGUUAUCAGGUCCCUUGGAGAGCCAGAGACUGUCUUUCCUUUUGGAAACGGCAAUUUCUAGGGAAGCUCAAGUGUGGAAAGUGUACGUGCCCAAAAAUCCAACGAGGCAGGAUACAGAUAUUUCUCCAGUUCAGCGUGAUGAGGUUGUUCGAUGGAUGUCUUCUCUUACCAGCAAAUUCCAUCUUUAUCCAGAGACGCUUGCACUUGCCAUCAGUAUUUUGGACAGGUUUUUAGCCAUAGUAAAGGCCCGUCCAAAGUACCUUCACUGCAUUGCUAUUAGCUGUUUCUUCCUCGGUGCGAAGACUAAUGAGGAGGAUGAGCGAAUUCCAGCAUUGCAUAAGUUAGCAAAAGACAGUGGCUGUGGUUGUUCUCCAUCAGAGAUACUUAGAAUGGAAAGGAUAAUUCUGGAUAAACUCAACUGGGACCUGCUCACGGCAACACCCCUGGAUUUCCUUCAGAUAUUCCAUGCGAUGUUGCUGUCCAGCUGGCCCCAGCUGUUGUGCACUCAGCCGAAGGUCAGCCCAUCCCAGCAUGUAUCUAUGCUCACUGAGCAGCUUCAGCAGUGCUUAUCUGCUCACCAGCUGCUUCAGUUCAGAGGCUCCAUGCUGGCACUGGCCAUUGUCGCUCUGGAGCUGGAGAAGUGCUGUCCUGAUUGGCUAAGUGUCAUCAUCAACAUGCUGAAAGUAUGCCAGAUUGACAGCUCCCAGCUUGUUCGAUGCAGAGAGCUUGUGGCACGUUCCUUAUCCUCAUGUGACGUUCCCUUGCCACCCAACACUGUGUACAUCUACCAGCCCCUCAAACAAAGCCUGAUUCCUCAUGACAGGCCUGCAAUUCAAGACCCACCUAUCUCCACCAUUCCAGAAACGGGGCUUGAGAUGGCGACCAGAAGCAGUGGGCACCCCAGUGGGCUUGCUGCUUCUUGCCAUCACUUGGCCCCAUUUAGAUAUAAGCAAGCCUCCACCAAACGCAAGGUGGAAGAAAUGGAAGUUGAUGAAUUCUACGACGGAAUCAGGCGGCUAUACAAUGAAGACAGCGCUCAGGAGGGGGCAGCAGUGGAGACCUGUGGGGUCACUUUGGUGCGCCAAGAAAGCAGUCUCUCCCCCUGCCCCCCCCUGCAGCCUGUUAGCGUCAUGUGACCGUUUUUUUUUUUUCUCCUUGCAAGACUCGGGGAAUACAGUGAGUGCA